AUGCGGUCGCAUCCUGCCUGCAUAGUCUUUGGUAUCACUUCCAUGACGCGAGGCAUGGUUCCAUACAGUUCGUCUACCGGCAGUGCGAUUUGUAUGGCAAUUGUUUUAGGUCAGAUGCUAUCAUGUCCGUAUCCGGCUUGUAAAACAUGGCAGGAGUUGUUGGGUUCACAUGUCCGCGCUGGUCAUACCGGAAGACUCGAUACCCGGGAACAGGACAAUCGCCGCUGCAAAUGUAUUCGUCGCGGAGGCUCAGAUCAAGGCUGUGUCGCUUGCCAACGAUCUGGCAUCCCGUGCGUAUCCAGCUAUCAGCGAAAGACCCGACUGUACGGAAGUGUCGAGACCAUCCGCGAUCGGAUUCACUGUCUUGAAGCAAUCGUUAAGGGGGCGUUUCCGGGUGAGCCCGUUGAUAGUAUUUCUGCUCUGUUAGAGCUGGGCCGGAAAGCCGGCUAUGAAAUGCCCAAGCUGGACCUUCCACAACAAAAUGAGAAUGAGCAGAGAGUUGAGCUGCGGAGCCCAGAACGCGCCUAUCAGACCCUGACAUGCGCUAGCAAUAGUAACGAUCAGCCAGGGUGUAUCAGAACCAGCCAGCGCCCACCGCAGCUGGUCAAAGACAGCCGUGGCCAUAGUCAUUACAUCGGGCCGUCAGCAUCCCUUGCUUUCUUUGCGGAUCUUCGCAGCCUAGUAUCGGAGCAACAGCCUUCCUCUUGCUUCGCUGCAGAUAUUCUGACAGAGUCUCUCGAAGCUCGACAAGAUUCGAGUCGCUUGUCACCGUCAGCAGUGAGUACAGACAUGACACCAGUUGCACGCGAUGAAGAAUUAUCGCUUGUCAAGGCACAGCUGCAGGAAAUGCCCCGGGAUUGUCUGCUGGCAAUAAUACAUGCCUUCUUUCACUCUGUAAAUUCAGAUUUCCCACUAAUGGACAGGGGAUACUUCUUUAACAAGCUUGAGUCCUACAUCUAUCCCAUCGGCCCCGCUGAGGGAUUAGAAGAUGGUUGGGUGGCCUGUAUCCAUGCUGUUCUCGCCUUUGGCUGCUGGAUCCUGGAUGAUGACGCUAGAUUCGAAGCCGAUGAACUAAGCACGCUAAGGUCUCGCUGCUGGAACUUCGCUCGAGGAGCUUUGGCUGGCUUAUUGACCUCGUGUACAGUCUCCAAUAUCCAAGCCCUGUUGCUUAUGGCACUCUUCCUGCACAACAACAAUGAUCGGAAUGCAGCGUGGACCCUAACUGGUAGUGCUGCGAGGAUUGCUAUUGCUUUAGGAUUGCAUCGCAGCGAUAUCGACGAGAGCCUUCGCCUAACAGAACAAGACUCCAGAAGGCGAGUCUGGUCUACGUUAUUUACAUUUGAGCAAUUUCUCUGCUUAUGUUUGGGCCGCCCAAGUGUGAUCGACAGUCGGGAGGUAACCCUGGGACCUGCUCCCGAAGACUCUGCUACUGCCCUUCUCGGUCAUCCCAGCCAUCACCAGGUGGCAACCGACCUUCAACAACAAGUCAGUCGGCUCCGCGAUGCGAUCGCUUUCUUGCAUCGGCCUGCUUCACCUGUAUCAUCCGCUGAUACGCAAUGUACUGAUCCAAUAUUACUCUUGAGUAACCUUAAAACCUGGGAAGCUGAGAUACCAACCUAUCUCGUUAUACCAUCCGAUAUCUUGGAUGCGUGCACCACCCCCUCGGCGGCAGUGCUGAAAGCGUUCGUCCCCGGAUAUCCACCGGACCAACUACGACCAACGGUUCUCCUCCAGUUAACCUAUAAUAACCUCCUUAUUCAACUUACACGGCCAUAUUUGCUUACAGUAAUUUCGAUGAGCCGAAGGCAGAACCCGAAGCAGCAGUACCCUUGGACUCUACCGAGAGAUAGUUUCCAAAACGUGCAGAAGAGCGCUGAGCACCUGGCGUCUAGCUGCGUCACAGCAGCGAUGCACAUUGUUAACCUUCUCGUCCUGCUUGAUUAUGCCAAUGGGGUCAAUGGAAAGACUAGCCUGGACCUUUUCUACGGGUAUUCGGCUGGAAUGGUUCUGCUCCUCCGUCGGCUGUGGGUCAUGCCCCCGGAUCUUCCGAAGUCUUUGUGGCAGCUUGAAGGUGCAGCUCAGAAAGAUGUUCAGUGCAUGGUGACAAAGUUGCAGUCCAUAAUGCAAGUAAACGCGAAAUGUCCGACAAUGCAGAGAUUUAAUGCAGUGCUUCAAAAGUUCGACGAAGCCGUUCUCGCGAACGGGCAACUUCGGGAGCGAGGUGAGAAUGAUGAAGUCGCACCGUUGGGCUUGGCACAGGGGGCAGGAAUUGACCAUGUGCCCUCACAGCUUCGCAUGCCUUGCGUCGAUAGUGUUAACAGCAACCUGGAUGGUACUGCUUCGGAUAGCCCGAGCCUGUGGCAAGAGUCUUUGCAGACGAUCACGCAGUAUAGUCUCGACUGGAGCAACUUUGAGCAGUUCCUUGGUAGCAUCAAUGUGGCAUAGGCUUGCAUGGCUACAACAAUAAAUUGGCUGAAUGUUCUCAAGAUGGUAGCCAUAUGUCAUGUUGGCCCCGAAAUUGAUAACAUAUUCAUUCUGUCAAAACUAUGCUCAUUUGUUCUCUCAACCCACCAAGAAUAUCAUGUUCGUCCAAUCUGCUCAAUCCAUCCAUGAUCACUGACUAUCCGCAUAGUCCUGUACGUGACACAGGCUUCCUAAGUUACUGGUAGUGCUACCUAGGCAUCGACACAAAAGUUCAAUGUCAUGGCCCGGCGGAUCCUCUCU